GUUACAUCCUCUCAUCCCACUGAUAGUGAGCGGUGCUGCUGUUGCUGCUGCUGGAGAAAACCCUGACUGAGGAAGGAGGAACAUUUCAGGAUUUGGAUCACUGAAGCAGGUGCAGCAGAGCUACUUGCAUAGAAACCAGGAAGUCAACAUGAGCGGCCUUUCCACUGACAAAAAGCCUCUUGUGGAUUAUGGAGUCCAGAUCCGCUUCAUCAAAGACCUCCAUGACACAGGCGGAGGGUAUACUGAUAAAUCCAAAGGAAACAUCGCAGCAGCUUCUCCUUCCAGUAAAUAUGGGGUGGCGGUGCGGGUUCAGGGAAUCUCUGGGCAUCCUUACGUGGUCCUGAAAGAUGGCGAGAAAGGUGACUCAUACGGGGUUCAGCUAAACACCACCAGCCCCACCUCGGGGCCGCCUUCGCCUAUUAACAGCCUCCCCAAAAUCAACAAAGGACCAGCAGAAGUAGCAAACCCCUACAGCCCCGCUGCUACUACAGCGUGCUCUCCUGUUUCUGCAGCAGAGGACGAGGAUGGGGAGAUUUUUGGGAGUCCUCUUAAAAGACCUCCAGGGGACGGUCAAGCAGGGACACAAGGGGAGGAGGAGGGGGGUGCUGGGAGAGACAGACAGGUGGAAAAGCCAAAAGCAGGACUUAGAGGAACAGAGGCAGAGAAAAACUCAGAUAAGGAAGAGUAUAAUGAAGCAGGGCUUAAACGGGUUAAAGUAAACGGUGUUGGACCCAAAGGGUUCAAGCAGGGUGGAUCUGGUUUUAUUGCUCCUUUGGGGAGACGUGCUAAAAGUACAGAAUCCCCUCUAGAGUCAAAACCUCAACCAUCGACUUCAGAGGAGCCUGUCCCAGUGAUCGACACUAACUCCUUGGCUCCCAUCAACAAGCUCAUCAGUAAGUUCAACAAUGGGACGCCAGGCAGCGCCCCACAGACAAGAGGACGCUCCGGGGCGAGGCAACGGCUCAGGUUCGACGAGCGCAGGAGGUCCAGAAGUCUGGAUUCUAGAAAAGAUCUUCAACCAGAGGUUUCCCCUCCCUCGCCAACACCAAACCCCUAUGCCGUUCCUCUCUCCUCCUCCUCCUACAACCUGAUGACGUCAUCCAGCCUUGGAAGGAGCCCUGCAUCAGUUGCCAAGGUGACGGCCCUUGAGGUCCCUAAGCCUAGCUCUCAGUCACUGGGGAAGUUUGCUGCCAAGGACACCUCUCCAGCUGUAGCAAAAAAGCCUGAGAUACCUCCAAGGAGCCUGAGUCAAAACACAGCAGUCAUCAGUGGAGAGGACACGCAAGUUAAGCAGGCGAUUUACAACAUCCUCAAAGAUGGUUCCAGUGAGAGUGAGGCCUCGCUGAAAAGAAAGGUCAGCCUCAUAUGUGACACUACAGGAUCUUUUAAGAAAGAAGGGUCUGAUGGGAGUUUCAAGAAGGGGAACCUUGAAGAACUUCUGGAACAACUCAGUCGCUGCAAAAAAGACCUGCAGCAAGCCCAUGAUGAACUUGCAGAGGAGCGUAUGGCCAGGGAGGUUGCAGAGUCUCGUCUGCGGCUGCAAGAGGAUCAGCUGGCUGAGCUUCAGGAGGAGCUGAGGAGGGUUGAAGAAAACUCACCUCAUUCAGAAUUACUCAAGACGGAUGUGAUGGCCCUGCAGGCAGACCUGGCUGAAGCCAACAUGCUGCGCCAGCGUCAGGAGGAGAUCCUACGGCAGCGUGAGCGGGAACUGACGGCCCUCAAGGGGGCGCUUAAGGAGGAGGUGGAGUGUCAUGACAAAGAGAUGGAGGCUCUGAGGGAGCAGUACACCCACGACAUGGAAGACCUGAGGAGGACCAUGGAGCAGGUCACACAGUCCCAGGAGCAGAUAGAGGAGGAGAGGGAGAGGGUGAAUGCCUCCAUCCUGACUAUGGAGGAAGAGCUGGAGAGCAGCAGAGAGCAGGGAGACAAGUGGAGGACACAGCUGGAAGCCACCACUAAGGAACUGCUGAAAUGCCGUCAGGAGAAAGAAGAUUUUGAGGGCGAGCUGAAGGAUCUUCAGGAUUCACUGCUCAGCAUGAAGAAACAGAUGCCUGCAUCUGAUGAUAACAGCUCUUUAGCCGAGGAGCUGCGGCGUUGCCAUGAUGAUCUGAAGAGGGCUCGCACCGAUCUGGACAAACAAAAGAGCCAGUUAGAUGAGAAGAGAGAGGCACUCGAAGCCCUGAAGAGAUCGAGCGGAGAGAAAGAGGCCGAGCUGCUCUCUGAGAUCAGCAAGUUGAAGGAGCAGUCGCAUAAAGAUAAAGAUGAGCUGAAAAAGGCGCUCGAGAAGGCAAAGGAGUCAUCUUCAGGAAAAACUGUCGUGGACGGCAGCAACACGGAGCUCCAGGAAGCAAACACUCGCCUCAGAGAGAGACUGGCUCGCAUGACGCGGCUUCACUCUGUGCCUCACAGCCCAGACAACGAGGAUGCACUGGAAGCUCUUGAGGACGAGAACCGCUCUCUGAAGUCUCAGCUGGAUGAGGCCAAGAGAGGAGCAACUCGCCUGACUAAAGAGAGGGAUGAGCUGGCCCGGAGGGUGGAGGAGAGAGACCUGGAGAGAGACGCACUCAGGAGGGGAAAGAGUGACCUGGAGGAGCAGAAGAGGCUGCUGGACCGAGCGCUGGAGAAGAUCAACAAAGAGAUGGAGGUUAUGAUGGGAGAUUCUCGUCAGUCUAUCACCACCUUACAAACACAGCUGGACGACUACAGGGAGCGCUCAAGGAAAGACCUGCUCGAAGCUCAGAGGAACAGCAAGGACAGACUGGCUGAGCUGCAGAGAGCACAGGGCAAUCUCAAGGCCCAGCAGGAGGAGGUUUCUCGUCUGAAGAAGGAGCUUCUGGUGUGCAGUGAGGAGAGAGACAGCGCACAGUUGGAGAGAGACCUCCUCAACAACCGUCUCAAACAUUUAGAGAGCGAGCUAGAAUCAGAGAAGAGCACAUACACUGACCGCACCAGAGAGAUCAGAGGCUUGGAGGAUAAAAUUAAGACACUGGAGAUCGAACUGGACGAGGAGAGGAGCAGUGUGGAGCUUCUGAACGAUCGCAUAACACGAAGCAGAGAUCAGGUGGACCAGCUACGGUCAGAGCUGAUGCAGGAGCGAUCAGCGAGACAUGACCUGGAAAUGGACAAGAGUGCAAUUGAAAGACAGCUGAAGGAGAUGAAGUCUCGUGUGGCAGACUUGGAGGGACAGUCUCGUCCCUCAGCAGGAGCAACGACCCUGCUGGAAAACAAAAUUCAAGAGUUGGAGGAGAGACUACGCAGUGAGGAAAGAGAGAAGGCCAGCAUCCAAGCAUCACAGCGGCGAACAGAGAGGAAACUGAAAGAACUAAACGCCACAUUAGACCAAGAGAGAACUCAGCAUGUUGAACAGAGGGACCAGCUGUCUCUGCGUGUGAAGGCCUUGAAGCGGCAGGUGGACGAGAGCGAGGGAGAGGUGGAGCGUCUGGAAGGAGUGCGCCGGAAGGUUCUCAGGGACCUGGAAGAGCAGCAGGAGCUUCAGGAGGCACUGCGUGCCAAAGUGACAGCACUGGAGGCUGAACUAAAGAGGAAGUCUCAACACCAAACACACCGGUCAGCUCUGGGCUCCACCACUUUAAGCUCUGAAGACGAGGACGGUUUUUAUGACUCCAACAUCACCGCCAUCCUGAACGAGAGCCACCUACAGACCACCAACUGCUGAAGGAAGAACAAUGAUUAGGUUUUAUCUCCUCUCCUGUGCAUAAGCUUGUGGGAUUUGAGAGCAAGGAACUCAGGGCACCAGGAAGGACUCGCUUGUGUGAAGAACUCGGUUGCCAUGCACUACAAAUUUGCCUUGCAGUUGUUCUCGGGUUUUAUUUUUAGCGCAGAGACAGGUUGUCAGAAUAAUUAGAUUGUAUUUUUUGAGCCUUCAGCAGUGAUUCUGAUAGCUUCAGUACUGUCAUGUGUUGAAAUCUGUUUUUUUCUUCUUAUGUAGAAGAUUUACAGGUACACUUUUAAACUUGAAUCAUUCUUUCAGAAAGGCUCCUUACUGUGUCUUCUUUAUAUUAGAUUGUACAUUUAUAAUACACUACUGUGGUAGCACAUUACUGUGGCAUGGUUUAUGUUCAGAGGCAACAAAUUUAAACCAAAAAAUAUAAUAACACGAUCUCACGUCUUCUAUCUGUUUGCUCACGCAUGAGAGGUUAAAUGUGUCAGUGUUGUUAGCAGCUCAAAGUGUUUCUUUGUUUAUUGAAGUGAUGUUUUGUGUUUUUUUUAAACCUUAAAUGUGAUCAUAACUGGCCACUUGAACUGAGCCUAUAUUUUUACACUGUUAUUAGCCGUGCAUACUCAUUUCUUGUGACAAUCAAAUAUUUGUAAAUUAGCACUGUGUAUGUUCAGAGAUGAACCCCCUUCAUUAACAUUUUCUACUUUAACCCCCUUCUCUAUCUGGUGCUUUAAUAUAUUGCUUUAUUCAGCUUGAUUUAUGUGCAUGUUUUCACUCUAACGCCUUAAAAGUCGUGUAAUGUCUUUAUUUUCACAUUUCUGCAUGUGCUCUGUUUAAUUGCUGCUGCUGUAAUGAUUUAGAAAAUAUCUUUGAUAUGCUUUAUAUCCGCUGUACAUCCAAACUAAGAGAAUAGAUUUCAUAGCAUUCACAUUUCUUUUUGUUGCACCUAGCUUUGAUGAAUGUGGAUUAUGCUCCCUUACUGACAUUUUUAUGGUGUUAUUACGUUUGAAAUGUCACUUUUAGACAAUGAAAUGUGUUUUAAAGCUUUGUAAGCAUUCCAAAAAGGUUUGACAGAUUUUACGCUAAUUUUGGACCAUGUGCACA